CAACGACCUGCGUACCUGGAUAGACGAGACGUUGAGUUUUAAUGCCGAUUCUUGUCGGCUAGGUAAGCCCGGGCGUUAACGUGCCUGUGGUGAGGCCUUGAUACCUUGUGACUAUACUGAAGUGGAGAACUGUGGAGGGGCAAAAAUAAACACAUAAAAGCAGGUGGGGACGUAAGAGAACUGUUGCUUCGAACAACGAUGGAGAGACGACAAGAUCCUGGUGAGUUUUGUUUACUUACGUUCUGUGCGUUUCUAUUCGACUGUGCGCCGGCUGUGUAUCGGCAGAGAUUGGAGGUAUUUCCCGAGUGGAGGGCGAGCGCAUGUUUCGGCAAGACGGAGCGCAGGCUCCUUAGCCCUCUUACUUAGAAAAUGACGAAAAUACAGUUCUGUCCACCCCUCUUUGGCUCCUCCUAAUCUCUGCUAUAUACUCGCUUGUGCUUUCUCCUUGUCUCCCCCUUUCUCGACACACGUCUGAUGGCGACGGAGCUGCCCACGUCGUCUGCGACGACAGAGGAGCCAACAUCAAUAACGGACUCUUCGACGUCGUCGAGCGCCGAGAGCUCGACUACCACUUCCAUUUCAUCAUCCUCACCACCUUCAUCUUCUGUAGCCUCAACUUCAUCUGUAACAAUAUCUAACCCGACCUCUUCUUCCUCCAAUCCAGGUUCGUCGACACCGCCCGAGAGCAGCACUACAACAACAACACCACCACCCACCUCUUCAUCACCACCCCCGCAGUCGUCUUCUUCGACCCCUCCGCCAUCCUCCUCGUCGGAGCCUCCGACAACACCACCUCCAUCAUCAAGCUCAACACCACCACCAGAGUCCAGCUCAGAGCCGCCCGAGUCGAGUUCAUCUAUACCACCCUCGUCUCAAUCUUCAUCAAGUGCCAAUGUCACACCCAGCCAGACAUCAAACAGUGCGAAUUCGACGACGCGGACGUCGAACACGUCGCUGUCAACGUCAACAGGCAUGAGCACAUUUGUCACGACCGAUCCCGGGGGAGAGACAGUGACAUCGACGCGUGUCAUUACUUCUAUCACCACCCCAACCGGCCUAGAAACGGGCAGCACCCGUUCUUCGUCUUCCAAUACCGGUGCCAUUGUCGGCGGCGUGGUCGGAGGCAUCGGGGGUCUUGCCCUUCUCUUGCUUCUAUUCUGGUGGUGUCGCCGCAGAACACGCCGUCCCGACUUCGACGGAAACUUCGACCCAGAUCGAAUUGUGUCAGACGGCCGACACCAGCCGGAUCUCGAUCUUGCAAACGAAGUCACUCCCUACCAGUACAACGCCGCAGGAGCCUCCGGCAGCCCUGAAAUGGCUCAACAUCUAAACGUUCCUCCCUUCCUCGCCGGUGGUGUCGCCGCGGGUGCCGCCCAAAAAGGCUACACAGGUCCCUCCUCCGCGCCGUCAGAGUACUCCCAGCCAACGACGCAUCGUACCCCGUCCAUGUCCGACCCUGGCUAUGCUGACUAUGCUGCUAGGACAAGUAGUCAUGGGCACAGCAACUCAUAUGGAGAUGCUUCCAGUCCCACCAACCCAAGUUUCCCUCUGCCGGGGCCUGGGGACUAUAGACAUCCUUCCCCUGGUCCUUCGUUAGCCAUGGGAAGUGAUAGCUCGAAUUCGCAUCCCGGCGGAGGUGGUACGAUACCUUCUGCCAAGGAACGUGAAUCCCAGAGGUUCAGAGUGGCUAAUGACCCCGAUACGCCUGUGAUAGUGCAUCAGGACGCAGGACGAUUGGAUACGACGCCAGAGGAGGAGGCUCCGCCCACUGAAAUCCCACCGACUUAUGAUUCCAUCCCCCGAGAUCAGCAGCCAUGACCCGCGAGAUUAGGGAGUUUUAUAUGAUGAUGAUUGAUGAUAAGCAUUCUUCUCUUUUGUACAAGUUCUCUCCCAAAACUGCAUUGUAUGAAUAUUUCAACCCACCCUGCAUCCCUCUGCGACAUGUGUUUGCUUUGGGCACUGUCCUGUCUCUACUUUAUCAUAAGCUAGUAUUUCAUUCACGUUGUACAUCAUUCACGUCCGUGCUUUAUUAUGUUACGAGUUGUUCCCACUUAGAAUUGACGAUAUUCAUGUGCUACUGCGAUGUCCAUCUAAAGCACUAACAUUAUUGGAAGGCAUUAGAUCUCUAUGCAGGGCGUAUAAAGGAGCUACUCCAUUGACAGUAGUCGACAGAUGAAACCAUUCAUACUUCGUCAACCG